AGCGGUAGUUUCCUCCAGCUAACUGCACUCACCAUGGCGUCAACUGAGAUUGCAAGGCAAGCUGGUGAAGGAGUCCGUGCUGUGCCUCUGGCGGGCCAUGUUGGAUUUGACAGUAUGCCUGACCAGUUGGUCAACAAGUCUGUCAACCGUGGCUUCUGCUUCAACAUCCUCUGCGUUGGUGAGACAGGUCUUGGUAAGUCCACUCUGAUGGACACACUGUUCAACACCAAGUUUGAGGGUGAGCCCACCCAGCACAGCCAGCCUGGAGUCACGCUGAAGUCCAACACCUAUGAGCUGCAGGAGAGUAACGUGCGCCUCAAACUUGCAGUCGUCAACACAGUGGGCUUUGGAGACCAGAUUAAUAAGGAGGACAGCUACAAAUCCAUCGUGGAGUUCAUCGAUGCCCAGUUUGAAGCCUACCUGCAGGAGGAGUUGAAAAUCAAGCGCACGCUACACAGCUACCACGACACCCGCAUCCACGCAUGCUUGUACUUCAUCGCUCCAACAGGACACUCGCUGAAAUCUCUGGACUUGGUGACAAUGAAGAAACUUGAUAGCAAGGUCAACAUCAUCCCAAUUAUUGCAAAGUCAGAUGCCAUCUCUAAGAGCGAACUGGCCAAGUUCAAAAUCAAAAUCACUAGUGAGCUGGUCAGCAACGGAGUCCAGAUCUACCAGUUUCCCACUGAUGAUGAAUCUGUGGCCGAAAUCAACUCCACCAUGAAUAGCCAUUUGCCUUUUGCUGUGGUGGGGAGCACUGAGGAAGUGAAGAUUGGGAAUAAGAUGGUGAAGGCCCGGCAGUACCCCUGGGGAACCGUGCAGGUGGAAAAUGAGAAUCACUGUGACUUUGUCAAACUCCGGGAAAUGCUGAUUAGAGUGAAUAUGGAGGACCUGCGAGAACAGACUCAUACACGCCACUAUGAGCUCUACCGUCGCUGCAAGCUGGAAGAAAUGGGCUUUAAAGAUACAGACCCUGACAGCAAACCCUUCAGUCUGCAAGAGACAUAUGAGGCAAAGCGGAAUGAGUUCAUGGGCGAACUGCAGAAGAAGGAAGAAGAAAUGAGGCAAAUGUUCGUCCAGCGGGUCAAAGAGAAGGAGGCGGAGCUCAAAGAAGCAGAGAAGGAUCUGCACGAGAAGUUUGACCGUUUGAAGAAGCUCCACCAGGACGAGAAAAAGAAACUGGAAGAGAAGAAGAAGUCCAUAGAUGAUGAAGUCAACACGUUCAAACAGAAAAAGACUGCGGCAGAGCUUUUGCUGAGCCAAGCCCAACAGGCUGGGGGCUCCACCACGCUGAAGAGGGACAAAGAGAGGAAAAACUUCUUUUAAUCUGUCUUGACCACCUGAAGAGGGAUUGCAGCGUCAGCAAGAACUAAGAACCCUUUACCUCUUCUGUUUUUCUCGUAUCAACCUUUUAUCCUCCUCAUUGCAUCUCCGUUUGUUAAGUAUGGCCUUAUGUGGACUUGCAUGGUAUUUCCGACCACCCAAUGAAGCUCCUAAACCUGGGCAGGUGGGGAACCAGGUACAAAAUCUGCUAUUAUGUCUUAAUGUACAGAGAGUUUUCAGGAGGGGUUCAUGUAAUUUCAGGAGUCACGGGUAAAAUGCUUAUUAUUUUUAUCUUUUCAUGAACUUGACCUGCACUAUAUAUUUAUGCACUCAUAAUUUAAAAUAAUUAGAUGCAUUAUUUAAAAAAAACAAAUGAGGGGAAAAUUGUUUGCUUUUGCAGACGAACUAAACAAAUUGACUGAAUACUUGAUGGAUAUUUUUUCUUUAUCCAAGUCUAAUUUUAAUAUAAAAUCUGUUUUUUAAGAACAUUUUGUGCACUUCUAAGUAAAACCAUAGAAAAGCCAAAGCAUUUGGUUCCCAUGUUUACAUGCCACAAUACCAUGAAGGUCACAUGUCGGGGGGGCUUUUAUUACACGUGCUUUAAUAUUCACCAGCCUGUUUUAUGCUUUGCAUGCUUUUUUUUAAUUUAAUUUAAAUACU